AUGACAAUGCUACAUCAACCAGGACAUCCAGAAGAUAGAUUUAUUUUACAUUGGCUUGAUGAAUCUCGAGCUCAAAGAAUAUUAUGGUUAUUAGAAAUACUACAAUUAGAUUAUGAAGUUCGUAUUUAUUUAAGACAUCCUGAAACCUGGAGAGGUCCAAUGCAAUUAUUUGACAUUCAUCAAACAGGAAAAUCACCAGUUCUUGAAAUAAUUCAUGGAGAUGGAAGACCUCCUAUGAAAUUAGCAGAAAGUGGAUUUAUAAUGCAAUAUCUUUUAAGGAAUUAUGAUCCAAAUUUUAUAUUAACUCCAACUGAUUCAAAUGAACAAUUAGAAGUUGAUUAUUGGCUACAUUAUAGUGAAGGAUCUUUACAACAUAUUCAAAUGACUUUAUUAAUAAACUCAGUGGCCAAACACAUUGCUCCUUUUGGUUUAAAAGGUGUAGCAAAAUUAGUAACAAAAGGUUUAAAUAAUGGUUAUUAUAUACAUGAAUGGAGAUUGAAUAUGCAAUAUCUUGAUGAUAGGUUAGCACAAAAUGGUACUGGUUUUUUUGUUGGUAAUAAAUUAACAGCAGCAGAUGUUAUGUUAAGUUUCCCAGUAUUUGAAAACAUUUUUGAUAAUUUGGAAGGAGUCAGGGAUUGUACCAAUGAUAAAAGAGACUUGAGAAAGGUUUGGCCAAAUCUAGCUAAAUGGAGUAGAAUGAUUAAAAAUAUCCCAACUUAUAAAAAAGUCAAUCAACUAAUGGAUGAAGAAGUUGAAGAUUUAAUUGCAUUGAAUCCAAAAUAUGAUUAUGCAAAAGGUAAUUGA